AUGACGGGUGAUUGCAAGAGCAGGACGCAGUGUGACUGUAUCGAAAGGCAGAGCUCGGGGGGUCUCAGCCUGAGCAACAUGGCCUUGCUCAAGUACACCCUCGCCCCUUCCUCUGCUGCCACCCUUUGUACUCUCACUCCUGCUGCUGCCCCUGAUGCUUCACCCCUGGGUGCCAAUAUCUCUGGAGCCAGUGCCCUCUCCCAGGCCUCCCUUGCUGCUCCCAUGGCACAUGUAACUGCCCGUGCCCUCAUGCUGGAAGGCUCAGACUCGGACUCUAUUGGUGAUUUCAUCCCCACGCCUGCUGUGGAGCCGUGCAGUGCAGAGAGCGCAGGGAGCAAGGAGGGCACCUUUCUUCCUCCGCCUCCUGCUUCCCCUACUCAUUCUCCUGCCGCUCCCUUCACCCGAGUGCUGAUGGUCCCUGAAGACGAUGGCUUCACCUGGCGCAAGUACGGGCAGAAGCUCAUCCGAGCCUCCUCACGGCCCAGGCUGUACUUUCGCUGCAGGCAGCCCGGCUGCCUGGCAAGGAAAACCGAGGAUCGGGCAGCAGAUGGAAAGGUUCUUGGGAGGAAGUAUCUGAGUUUGCACAAUCAUAAUCCUCCUACUCCUUCCCCUCCUGCUGCGGCUGCUGCAGACGCUGCAGCUGUGCGGGGUGAGCUGGACGCAGACGCUGCAGCUGUGCGGGGUGAGCUGGACCAGCAGAUGGGGGGGAUGUGCUCCAAACUGGAUGAGCAGGGAGAGGCCCGGCAGGAGCAGUGGGGGAUGAUGGGAGACGGCUGGCACGAGCGCGUGCAGGUGGACGAGGACCAAAAGCAGCAUGGGGGGGAGCUGGAGAACUGGCUGCAGCAGCAGCAGCAGCAGCAGCAGCAGCAGCAGCAGCAGCAGCACGAGCAGGAGCAUGAGGCAGAGCAGGAAAAGGAGGAGCAGGGGCAGCAGGCGUGGGGAAUGUUUGGAAUGGGCAGCGACGUUGAAGGACUCUUUGAUCUCUCGCUCUCCGAUGCGUUCCUAAAUGACGCCCCGACUGAUUGUGAUUGCAGCAACCACACCAUCAACAACAAAAUCUGGCUCCCUGCUGAGGAAUUUGGGGGAGGUGUGUCUGAGGAGACUUUAUCUGAGGAAGGGCUCUCCCUGACGGUGUCUGGUGAAGCGAGUUGGGGGGUAGCUACUGGUGACCGUAACGAAGGGCGGCUGAGCAGCCCCAGCUGCUCGCUUGCUAUGAUUGAGUCGCUGCUGAUGAGCGAUGUUGAGGCUAGCAAUAACGAGUAUGGAUGGGACGGGGUGUUCCAGGAAAUCAGUCAGGGCGCUGAGAAGGCCGUAGUGACUGAUGACGAACGCAGUCCGUCAGGUGUGCGCAUGGUGUGUGCGCAGCAGGUGGUGGAGGAGCCGAGGGUGGUGGUGGCGGUGCGCAGCGAUGCAGACGUGGUGGAUGAUGGUUACCACUGGCGCAAGUACGGCCACAAGCUGGUCGGAGGCAACACCUUCCCCAGGAGCUACUAUCGGUGCACGAGUGGGGACUGCCGUGUGCGCAAGCAGGUGGAGCGCUCCAAGCAUGACCCGUCCAUGGUGGUAACCACGCACCCUAAUGUCAGCAGCCAAAACGGUGCGAUCUGCCUGGAUAUCUUGAAAGACCAGUGGACUCCUGCCUUGACGCUCAAAACGGCUCUAUUAUCACUCCAAGCGCUGUUAUCAUCGCCUGAACCUGAUGACCCUCAAGAUGCAAUCGUCGCUCAACAGGUGAAGAAGCUGGUAGAGAUGGGCUUUCCAGAGGCGUCUGCUAGGUCGGCUUUGGAGAAGUGUGGAGGAGAUGAGAAUGCAGCUUUGGAGAAGCUAUCAGUCCCACUGCGACUAGCAGUGGUGCUCAUCAAGCUUCUGGUAUUGCCGGUUCUGCAGUUCAGAGGAGGUGCGAGCCCCAGAACGGGCGGCAAGGGAGGCAGCAGCGGAGAUCAGCGGCUGGAGGAGCUGUUGGCGGGGGGAACAGGGGGGGGUGUGCGUGCCAAGUAUGCUGCACGACUGCAGGAGAAGAAAAUGCUUGCUGAGGCCCGCAGGGAGCAGCAGGGAGGAGGGUUCGGCCGGGCGGCUGCUGCUGUCGCCUCUGCUGCCGCUGCUGCCAGCACUGCUGCUGCUGCCGCUCGUGUGGCGAGGUUGAGAGCGGAGAAGGGAGGUGGAGAUGGGGGGCUUCUGGGGGGAACGGGAGAAGGGGCGUUGCCUGGGAUUGGCGGGGUUGAAAGGGGAAGGGGAUGGGUGGUGGCUCCUGGGUCUGCAAGACUGCUCCGACAUUUCCAGUCGCGCACUCUGAAGCAGGCGCUGGUAACCACCCACCCACGCCUUGACGUGCUGCUUCUCAACGACCAGCUCGGCAACUUCUCCUUUGACUCUCACAUCAACGUCACUGCCGGCGCUGCUCCUGCUGCUCCUUCGGCCUCUGCUGCCUCCUCUUAUACGCCUACCUCAUCAACCCCUCCAUCUGAGUCCUGUUCACCCUCAGAUGCAUCGCAAACAGCGUCAGCCACAUCAGCACCAGGGCCGUCACUAACAGCUGCGUCUUCAUAUGGAGUGUCAGCAGAACCAGGAGGCACAUUACCAAACGAGGCACUAAGGUCGCCCCCAGCAGCAGUGCCAGGCAUCGACUCACUGGAAGCUGCCAGAAAGAGGAUCUCCCGAGUCCCGUCCGCACGAAUCCUUUCCGCCACGUGGAAAUCUCAAAUGGUCGAUUCGAUCGCCACGUGGCAAUCCUGGGAGCUGCCAGUUCCGUUCGACCACAGCUUCUGGUCUCACGGCGCAGUAGCUGCAGCUGAUUCUUCUGACGUAGCAAAGCUACAGACCCUCCGCUGCGCGGACGCAGGUUGGGCUCCGUCGCUCCUCGCCAUGCUCGCAGUACAGCCGCCGUCCGGCGCGGCGUGCAACUUAAUCUCCCGCCAGCUGCACUCGCUGCUGCUCUGGGACGACUGGAUGAAGCGCCACGGCUCUCCAGACGAGUUUAGCGCCUUAGCGUCCGUGUUUGGCGCUCAGGAGAGGCUGGUUGGCGACGAACAGCAAGCGGCGGUUGGCGGCGAUUUGCUGGCGUUUCCGAGGAGGCUAGACGCGAAGUUUCCUCUGAAGAAGAAGGCCUUCUGCGACUCGCUAUCUGCUCUUCGGAAGGAAGGCGCGGGUUCCAGCAAGUUCUGGCUGGAAAGGUAUCUACGCAGUCUGCAGCAGUACGCGCUCGUCGGCUUGCCGCUUCACCAGACGGUUGAGCGGCAGGCAGCAGCCGGCGAUAGCCCUUCUCUUGAUGACUAUCUCAUGUAUCGCGCCGCCACCUCCCCCGCAACUCCCGCCGCGUUUCUAGCCGCGGCGUCUCGCAACCUCCCUUUUGUGUCUGACAGCACGCUCGAGUCACUCGUCCUCCCGCUCCUCUUCGUCGGCUCCGCGUUUUCCGCUCUGAAAGGCGACUCGCUUCUGGAGCGCCGGCGCCGGCUGCAGGAAUCCGCGUCGCUACCAGCAUCGCUCCUAUUCGACGCCGAAACCGGUUCAUUGCUUCUGGACACUCUCGAGGCGGCUUUCGUUCAGAUGGCGGCGAAGGUUGAGAAGGAAGCGAAGAGGUUGCAGCUGGCGUCGGAACGAGUCGCGGUUUCCUCGUUCGUGCGACUUAUCAGAAGCGUCGUCCACGGCGUGAGCCUAUGGCAGGGCGCCGCGUGGCGGUUCCGGGACCUCACCGCUGCUCCUGCGGGCGGUUCAGUUGAGAGCUUCUCCGAGAGCGCCUCAUAUGCUAGCGAGUCAGAUUCUGAUAGCGAGGAUGAGUGGGGUACCAACGGAAGCCGCCACAGCAGCCUGAGCAGCAUGAGCAGCAGUGGCAGCUUGAGUGACGCAGAGGUGCCUCAGUGGAUUCUGGAGCAGAUUGAAGCAGCCUGUGCACGCUUCGUUGCCCAAUGA